CAUAUUGGGCGAAAGAGAUACUAUAAAGAAGGAGGGGUAGAUCUCGGAGUGGGAAAUAACGAGCGUUGCAACGUCUGCGAGAGUCGUGUCGCUACUUCCGAGGAAAUAACAUCUUAUAGGAUACUUUGUAGCGAAGAAGGUAGUAUUCUAUCCAAGAUGUCAAGACCGAUCCUUAGCAGACCGCGUACGCGCGUGUAUGGAUGCAACUACGACAAAGGGGAGUCGUAUUAUAAGCCAAUGGUCGAUCACUUGGAUCGAAAGUAUAGCUCACGACCACUUUUUUCUGAACCAAGAAAUUCGUUGGCCGACGAGAUUGCUGCCCGACGAGGCGACAUCGGCACGCGUGACCUCUCCGCCCCUCGCAACAGUCCCCUUGGGCGUGACCUUGACCUUGAAUCAGAUCCUUCCAUUCGCGGCCCACAAUUACCCACACUACCCUCCUCGGCCACUGCCGACAACUUGUUCGCCCCCGAAGACGAGGAUGUCGUCUACGACAGCCGUGGGCAGCGUAGUCGGCGCCGAUUCGCCGACAAUUUUGCCAACGACGUCGUAGCAACGACGCAACAUUUGAAAGCGAAACUGGCCGCGAUCGGGUUGGAGGACGAGGUCGAAGCAGCGUUGGGGAGAUCGCGACGUGCACGCCGCGAUGACGAGGACCGGGACGAAAAUGGCAACACCGCUGGAAGGAAUCUGUGGAGGGAUGUUAAGUCGAUCGGCGAAGAGGCGGAGGCGACGUUCAAAAGACGUUCGAAGAUGUUCGACGAGAUCGCGGAUCGUUCGUCGGAGGAUGGCAGGCCGCUGCUCGCCAAAUGGUCGAAACUGAUGAUGGACGAUAACGAAAAUUCGAUCGCGGCAAGCGCCGCUGCGGCCAGGGCGAAACAGACGAAGGCACGUUUGAACGAUCUCGAGUCAGAGAUGGAGGAGCUAGCGGAGAGGCAAGCGAAGAGGGAGCGCAGGGCAGCCGCUCUCAGAGCGUUGAUCAACGAAAAUAUCGCCGACACGGAGAACGUUCAGGAGCAGUCCGUUGUUAGCAAAAAGGUUUCCAUCCGCGAGCGUGCCGAGAAACACGUCGCUUUUUAGGAAUAUUCUAUGUUCGAUUCUAAGAUAAGA